AUGCUGUCUUCCAAUGAGGUUAUCCCUGCGGAGCUUGCAUUCAUCUCUCUCAACCCGACAGGCAGCACAACAGUAGUUCUCAUUCAUGGGGCAUUGGUCUCUGGUCUCUACUGGGACCUCGUCUGGCGCCAUCUCCCAAGCUCGUAUCACUUGAUCAUUCCAGAUCUUCCUAGCCAUGGGGAAUCACACGCCAUCAGCCCAUUUUCGAUAGAUCUAUCAGCACGCAUGAUUGCAAAUCUGAUACGAUCUCAUGCCAUCAACGGAGCUGCGCACAUUAUCGGCCACAGCCUGGGUGCCAAGAUUGCGAUCACUCUAGCCGCUCGAGAAUCGUCACUGGUGAGCUCUGUGUUUGUUUCAGGCUUCGAGGUCUUUCCGCGAACAGCACUCACCCCGUAUCUUCCCUACGCUGCAUGGACAAUGACCCGCCUGGAGAACUGCCUGCCACGCUCCUGGCUACGCUGGGCAAUGGAUGGAGCAGAUCUACCUCGUAUAGAUCCCAAGACCUGCACUCUCGACUUGUACCGUCAGAUCACCUCUCCAGAAGGGACUGAGUGCAACAAUAAUCAUUCGCAAUGGCCAGUGCCAUGGCCUGCGCGGACCCUCAUCGUCGCUGCAGGAAAAGGGGGUUUCAUUCCUACAAGUGACCAUCCGCAUGACGCUAUUCGAUUGAUGGAGAUUGGCAAAGAGCUAAAUCCAGAGACAAUAGCCUAUUCACAUCCCCAGAUGCGGCAUCCAUGGAAUCGGCAGGCGCCGGAACUCUUUGCGAGAACCGCGGUGGCUUGGAUGGAGCGCAAAGAGAUGCCAGAUGGGUUUGUCAAGCUUUGA